GCUUCCAGUAGCUUUUGGCUUUUGGUUUUUGCCGCUGAAUAUCUGCGGUAGCAAAGCUAAUGGUUCUAAAACAGGUGAUCCUCUAGGACCUAGAGGAUGUGUCUGAGCAGUGCCAGCUAAGAGUGGAACGAACAUUGAGAGAUGGGGGUGGGAUUGAGGGUAGGGACUCCCGGGAGCACGAGAGAACUCUAUAAGGGGGCGCGGCUUAGGGCUUUCGCAGCCGUGGGAGGCGGGUUCUGCAGAGGGUGUGGCUAGGUGUAGGGGCGCGGCUCUGCUUGCGCGUGCUCGGUGCGAACCAGCUCAUGUGUGCUUGCUGUGGCGACAUGGAGUUUUGCUCUGCGCGGCAAGCAAUACUGCAGCUGUUCCGUACGGUGGCUCCGGCAGACCGCCCAGCACUGCUCCAGUGGAUGCAAACUACCCGAGAUUUUGAUGAAUUCACUGAAGAUAAUAAUGACAUUAUAUUGAAAAACAUAGCAGAAGACCUUCGGAAUUGCUUACCUCUAGAAACCAUGCUUUCCUCAGAACAUCUAGCCCUUCAAAAAAUACAGCAGCAGCCAGAACCCACUGUUCACGUUGAUGCAUUCCUUUAUGAUGAAGACUUUAUUGAUUCAUUAUGUGAGGAAGGAAAAAUGAGCAGAAACUACUGUAUGAUGUGUGGUUCACGCCAAAUAUCACCUUUAGGAUUUAUUUCUCAUUCCUUCUCUCUCAUGGAAUUGAAGUUCAUUUAUCAUCAUGUACUCCCUGAUCUGUCGGGAAAGGUCUUGGUUGACGUUGGCUCCAGGCUUGGCACAGUCCUUUAUGGGAUUGCCAGAUACCAGGCUGACUUCUGUAUGCCAAAUGGAACAUACAUCAGGCUAUCUUUCCCUAGUGUCAGACUGCGCAUGAGUUUCCAUUAUAUUCCCAACAGCGUUUCUCUCUACUUCUUCACUGGUACCACCAGUUAUGAGCCUUUUGAAGAUUCUACAGUGCUUCAUGCAGACAUCUGUUCCCAAGGAUCACUUCUGCAAAAUGCUGAUAUUGUUAUAAUGAAUAAUGUCUUCGAGUAUUUUCUUAAUGAGGCAGAACAGGCCAGGUACGUUACUAUUUCAAGCAAGAAAUCUGUUAUUAAAAUAUAUCCAGCAAGAUAUGAAAAGAGAUUGAUAAGGGACUGUGGAAUUUACCAACUUCUGACUAAUAUACAGUUAAUUCCCUGGGUUGAAGAGAUACCACUGAACUAUGACGUAUACCCACAGAAGGAUAUCGACAGAGGAACUCUUGAACAAAUUCAUUUAUAUAAGAUUCUCUAGCACUAAAAUAGUUGUAAUGUUAUGUUGAAUACAUAAAAUAAUGAAAAAGAAACAUAACCCUGAUAUACUAACACAUGUUUUUCUGUAUACUCCCUUCUAAUCUUUGUACAUAUGAUUACAUAUUUGUAAAUAGUUGUGUGUGUGUAUAAAACUUUGUUCUGCUUUGUAUGAUAAUAUAAUUAAGACAUCUGAAACUUUUUGCUUCUCUCCGGUUUCUUUUAUUCUGUUAAAAAUGUAAAUGUGUGCCUGUCUUUAGUCACUAAUUCUGUAUGCCAAGUCUAUAUAUGACCAAAAAAAAAGACUAGAAGUAGCUUCUGUCAUGAGAGAACGGUGGAGGGGAACGGUAGGUUAUAUCAUACCCAUUUAUUAUAUCUCUAUUAUGUAAGAUUCUUUGUACACAGCUUUAUCUGAAGAGCCAACCAUAAGACUAAAAUAAAUAAUUGCAGUUUCUAGAAAAAAAUAAAACCAGAAGGAAAGCCUCCAAAAUGUAUAUAGAGAUUAUAUCUAGGUGGAGCAAUUACCAGUGAUUUUUUUGUACUAUCCUGUUUUUCGUUUUUUAAAUAAUGACUGUAUUUCUUUUGAAAUCAGGAAAAGCAAAACUUUUUUUCAAGCAUGCAAGGGAACAUCAAAAUUUGAACACUUAACUAGUUCCAUUACUCUCAUAUUUAGUUUUAUAUUUAAAUUAUUUUUUGAAACUAAACUAACAUACAUUUUGGAAUUGCAGUAUCUUUUGGAAUCUAUCUUUUGAAGGGGAUUUAUGUAAUACGUUUUUCAUCAUCAUACUUAUGAAAAAGAAUUUGCAGUGGCAGUCAAUUCUAAUUUUUAAAAGGAAAUUAUUGGUCAGCAGCUAAACAAAAUGCUAAAAAUAAGAGAAGUUUGUACCCUAUAUUACUGUUGAUACUAAUAGGUUUAGUAUUCAGUAUCUGGUAUAAAAUCGAAUAUCAGAAUAAAGGCUGGAAUUCUAAUAGUUUCUUGUUCACAUAGGCAUAUUGAUUCCUGCUAAUCUAUUAAAUAUUCUUACCAUAGUCACCCAAAAAGAAGAUAAAGCAGAAUUAGGAAGUCAGUAUCAACUGCUGGCAUCUCUCAGUAACAACUGACGGAUGUUUCUAGGAAACUGUGCAGAUUUUCUGAGAUUUUGGAAACAGAUUUAAAGAGAAGAAAAAUAAAUUUAAAAUAUUUUAAAAUA